ACUAUUCUUGCAUUAUAUUAAAUGCAAAUUAGAAGUAUCUAGACGUUACUAGAUAGUCGACAAUUUAUUUUUGACUUCGUUGGCUCAUACUGAACGGAAACGUAGUUUUUAAAAAUAGACAAGAAUUCUUGUUGAUAAGGACGUAUUUUUUUUUAUUCUGUUUUAAUUUCUAUAUAGAAAAAUGUAAGGUUAUUUUUUUUUCUAAACCAGUUUAGAUGCAACUAGUAUUUAAAAAAUAAUAAUUUUGACACAAGAAUUUUUUUAUUCACAAUUAGAAAGAAAUAUGUGAUUUAAAAAGUGAUUAUUUAAUUAACCUAAACAAAUUUGAGCAGGAAUAAAAAAGAUACAUCAUAAUUAAAUAUCCUUUGGCAAUAUGUCGGUAUUUUGUUAUUGAUUCUGACUUAUAUGAAGAUUAGAACUUUGACGCACUUUGUUCCAUGAACAUCUUUCAAUUAAUUCCAGCAGUAUUAUUUUUGAUAUUGUGUAAAAAGUACAAAGAAAUCUAAUUAAAAAUGAUGUCAGUUAUGCCAAAGGAUUCAGAAGGUAAAGAUGGAGAGGGUAGGGCUUUGAUAAAAGUUGUUGAACGUCCAACAUUUAUAUUAAAAACUAGAGAAGGUGAAAGCAGAGCUGUAUCACCAAGUCAGCGUAAUGGUAACAAAAAAGAAGCAGAUUCAACUUCAACAAUGCCAUUGAAAACUCCAGAUAUAACACGCACAGUUAUUCCUACAUGUAUUGAGAUGACAAACUGUGCUAAAUUUAUGGAUGAAAAUAUGCAGCUUAGCGAAAGUGCAUUAGAGUUUUUAUGUGACCAACAAGACUUCUUAGUAGUAGGAUGUUUAGGUAAACAAGGUGUCGGAAAGUCUACGAUAAUGUCCCUUCUUACAUCAAAUUAUAAGACUGAUGUUUUUGGUGUUCAAGAUUUGUCUCAUCACGAGAGCAGUACAAAUUGUACUAGCGGAAUAGAUUUUUUUGUAACUAAGAAUAGAGUGAUAUACUUAGACACACAACCUAUUCUAUCAGUUUCUGUAGUUGACUACAAUUCGUCAUUUGAACAAAAAAAGAGUGCAACUGAUUUUGUAAAUAAUGAUGCUAAUUCAGAAUUGCAAUCGUUACAAUUUACAGCCUUUUUGUUUUCAGUGUGUCAUGUAAUCAUAUUUGUACAAGAUUGGUUUGUUGAUCCUAAUCUACUGAGGUUUCUUCAAACAGCAGAAAUGUUAAAACCAUCAUCUACAACUACUAUGGAUCAGGAUUAUGUUGAAUAUUAUCCACAUACAUUGUUUUUACAUAACAAAGCAGAUCCACAAGAUUUUAUGCCAAGUACUGUUCAAAAAAUGAAGGAUUUUUAUAAUAAAGUAUUUUCUAGUUCUAGGCUACAAACUCAUAGUGGUUUAGAUAUGAGUUCUGAUUCAGUUGAAAGUGGUUUGAACUUAUUUUUUAUACCAUUAAUUGCAGCAGAAGAUGAAUCCAAUGUGCAAGAAAAUGAAAAAAAACUGAUUGAACAAUUAAGAAUGAAAAUACACGGGGUAUCAAGGCAUCCAAUGACACCGUCUACUUUAACGGAAAAAACUUGGUAUCACUAUGUUUCAAAAGUUAUGGAAGCAAUUAAAAAAAGCCAUCUAUCAUCAGAAUAUGGAAGGUUAAUGCCUUAAAAAAUGUGAUAAUAUAAUUAAACUACAGAAGAUUUAUAAUAAAAUAUAAUAAUAGGAAUAAGUUUUUAUUUUUCACUAUUAAUAUUUUAAUUUGUACUACACAGAUAAAUGAUCUAUUUUAAAUUAUAUUGAAAAUAAAUUAAAGAAUUGAAGGUA